GGUUGCAGGAGGUAGAUGACGUGGAAACCUGUUCCCAGAACAGCCGUUUGUGUUUAUUGCCUGCAGUGCAUGAAGCUGGUCCAGCAGCCAGGGAGCGUUGAUGCAGACCUGAACAAGGAGAAGAACUCCCUGCAGAAGAGUGAGCAGGAAGACCAGCCCAUUCCUGGCCCAUCAGAAGAUGGCAUCUUUAUGAUCCCCACCAGUUUUGGGAGAAUCCUCUGUGGACUGAUGAGAGAACAGUUGGGCGGUGUCAAAGCGGACCAGGCUGCCACUGCAAGGAAGGAGGGAAAGGAUGGGAUCUACGUCUCAUCUGAGGACGGUUUAAGCAGGAUAACUGCUGUUGAUGACGCUGCUGCAGCGUUUGAGCUCCCAGAUGUUGGCCAGCAGAGAAAAAGUCCUCAGAAGGACCAGGAGAGGAAGAGCAGCAGUUCAAGAGAGGACUUGGAGCUGGAAGAUGGAAGCCCCGUGGUCAACUCCACAAAACCUCAGACCCGUUUUCUUAGAACUACUCAUGACAAAGGGCUUCACAACCUGAGAGAGAGACUCUCUCGAGCCCAGAUACGGCAAAUGUUCCUUAAUUUAAGGAAGCAGGUGCAUCCAAGCAGUUACAGAAUGUCUAAAGCGUCCAUUCUGAAAAAGGCCCAGGAGGUGAUCCAGCAGUUGAACAGAGACGAGGAAAAGCUGAAGAGGAAAAAGGAGCGCAUGCUGAAGAAGCGGGAUAAAUACCUGUCCUUUCUGGUUCCAUCAGAAGCGGACCAGACCGGCACCGCCGCCGUGAAGGAGGAGAAGGACCUGAUCUACAUCUCAUCUGAAGAGGACGGUUUAAACAGGAUGACUGUUGCUGAUGACGCUGCUGCAGCUGUUGAGCUCCCAGAUGUUGACCAGAGGAGGAGCAGUCCGCAGCAGGACCAGGAGAAGACGAGCAGCAGUUCAGGAGAGGACUUGGAGCUGGAAGAUGGUAGCCCCGUGGUGAACCCUGGGAGGACGGCGCUCCUCGGUCAGGUUCCUCAGGAGGUCCAGAAGCUUCCAUCAGAGGCGGAGAGUCUGCGGUUCUCCCAGAGCGUCUCCAAACAAGAGGAUGGAGGCAUCCAGGACGUCUGCAGCACAUCGGAGACGGAGGAGAAGCAGCAAACGGCCAGUCAGGUUCCAGCUGAGGCAGCCUGUCGUGUCGCCCCGUCAGAAACCCGAUGGACGCCUCCCUGUCAGGGUUCAGGUCAGCCUGCCUUUGUCCGUCUGCAGCCUACCGUCCCCCUGUCCGACUCUGAGCCUCCUCUGCAUGGAUUCUCUGAAGUGAGGAAGCGGACCAGAACCAUUCCCAACAUUCUGUCCCGGAGCCGCCGUCAAUCUGCGUCCCUGAAGGCAGAAGAACUGAAGUCAGACCCUGUGCCCGUUGCCGUUCAUCCAGAAAGUACACAGCAUCGCCGCCCGGAGCAGCAGCCGCCACUUUCUGCAGCUGCAGCCACGGUUCUGCAGCUCCCCAAGGAAUGCAGCCGGGCCACCGUCCAGAACCCGGGUGCAGCUGGGCCCCUCGGUCCCAACACCUCUCAGAGCUCUGCUCCGACCACGCAUGGACCAUCUGCUGGGCCAAAACCCAGAUCCGAUUCGGACAACCAGAGCCUGUCGUCCCUUCUCAGCGAAAUUGUUUUUCUCAACCAGCAGACUGUUACCACGGUAACGCCAGCAGACCAGGGCAGCCCACAGGUUAACCCCGGUGGUUCCGAGGAACGGAGACGGGCUGCCCCUCGGCCAGAGGCUCCCUGCGAAGGUGUCCUGACCCCGCCCCCUCUGUUGCACAUGAAGGUGGGAGCGGCCAAGGCAGAAGGACUCAGCACAAAUGACGGCUCUUCGGUCGGAGGGGGCGUGGCCUGGAGGCCGAUGCCGAGGCUAGUUCCACUGGGCCUGAGAGGAAACUCCCCCAGCUGAGUCGAAGCGCAGCCGAGCUGGACACUCCAGGACUGCAGAUCCCUCCGAUCCACUGGAGGCUCAACAACGAUUCCUUCCUCUAUUGUAUCAGACCGCAAACUGGACCGGAGCGGAUCAGACCCGAUCAGAAUUAACAGCAUUCAUUUUAUGAACCCAAGCUCUAUUAGUUACCGAUUUCUCUGUCUCCAUGGUAACCGGGGACUUUGUUUCCACGGUAAUCACGCCGACUGUCUCCAUGGUAACUGUUGACUCUGUCUCCACAGUAAUUACGCUGACUGUCUCCAUGGCAACCGUUGACUCUGUUUCCACAGUAAUCACGCUGACUGUCUCCAUGGUAACCGUUGACUCUGUUUCCACGGUAAUCACGCUGACUGUCUCCAUGGUAACUGUUGACUCUGUUUCCACGGUAAUCACGCUGACUGUCUCCAAGGUAACCGUUGACUCUGUCUCCACGGUAAUCACGCUGACUGUCUCCAUGGUAACCGUUGACUCUGUUUCCACGGUAAUCACGCUGACUUUCUCCAUGGUA